UGUGUAUACGCCGUGAGACGGUAGGUCCUGUCGGAUGUAGGGGGUAAGGUCGUGCAACAUAAAAAAAUGAACUUUGUAAUCGUCAGGUAUGACCUUACUGUUAAAGAAAUUUAAGGCAAAAAGGGUAAUGUGUAAAAAAAGGUCGUGCUUUACGCGAGAUAAAAAUACCGGAAGUCUGUGGUGGUUGAGGUCACGUUGAAAAAUGGUUGCUCCGACUGAACUUCCUGAAUAAGGUCAAUAUUGAUCGAAAGUCCGAUCAAUGAAGAAAAAAGGGUCAAGAGUCAUGGUAAUUAUCGCGUAUGUGAUAAUAUUGUAAAUUUAUAUAAAAUUUUGAUUUUUUUUCUUUGUAACUUUUUUUUCUUAUUUUCAUAGACUUGAAAAUAAAUUUUCUUAAUUUUAACAAACGUCCGUUUAAUUUGACCGUAAAGUGAACGGUUGUUGUUACUCCUCCACUUUUACUAUUUAUUUCACUCCACCUGCCCCCACUACCUCCCGAGGAUACUUCAUCAGAAGUUACCUACCCAAGUGAAGUCCUGGAAGGUUCAGUUAAAUCCGAACAAGCGAAACAGCAAGUUAAACUAGUCCUAUCGGGACAAAGCGGGGGCCACCAUGCGGAGCGUAAUCGGGCCUAUCCUGUUUUUGGGAUUCAUAAAUGUUUUAUACACGGAGAACGUAGUCGAGAAUAUCACGACAGAAUUUUCAACGUUCACCAACACCAAAGCCAGCAGUCGCUACAGGGAUCCGUCGUUGUCGCGAAUGUGGCCGAAUCGAACGUCCACGUCGCAGGCGAAAAACGAGGAACGAAUAAAAGCUUUGGCGUUGGCACUGCGCGACGCGGAUCGUGUGUUGAACAGCAAAAGAUCACGAAAGAACGAACAAUCGAAGAAACCGCGGAUAUUCGCAUCGCCUGCAACGGCACCGGAAGUGCGGUCGUCGACGAGCGAAAGAACAGCGACGGAAGCGCCACGUGGUAAACAGCGUUUGAAAUCGCGAAUAAAAAGCAACGGCAGAUAUGCCGUGCCAUCGCCAAUUCUUCAACCGCCGUACAAGUCGUAUUCGCCCGAGUACGAUUUUGAAAUAGACAAACCGGAAUUUCGCGAAGCCACGUCGACGACAACGACAGACUUGCCGAACAACGCGACGAUCGGUCGUAUAAAAAUCUGCGACCUGACAACCGCAAUUCCGACGAGCAGGGUGAAUAUAAAUUCGAGUGGGAACAAAAAUAUUUUUGAAAAUUUUUCAAACUCCAAUCUCGACUAUACGUCGAGUAACGAUAAACAAGAGAAUUAUAACUCGUACAAUUACGAGGAUUUGAGUUCCUUGGAACCUCUUAGAAUCAAGCUAAAUACCACUGGCGGAACUGGGAGGUCAAGAGGAAGUGUGAAGUACCAGCAAAAUUUGGAUUCCAAUGAAAUAUCAAAAAGAAAGGAUUCGAUCUCGUCGGCAGAGAGUGGAUACAAUUUGAAAGGACGUUUUUCUCAACAAUCCAAUCAUUUCAAGCUGAACGGCGAAUCCAGCAAAAAAAUUGGAUCGAUUCCAGGAGUUCCAGGACGCGAUUAUCCUGUUCAUCAACAAUACACGCAUCACCAUCUACGUUAUCCUUCGAGUAGAUUUGUUUGUCCCGUGAGUCCUGGUACACAUAUCUACUUGGCCGACAGAGCAUCGAGAUGUCAGAUAUUCUAUGUGUGUUAUGGAGAACAAACUGGAGUACCGAUGAUGUGUCCAAAUGGAACUUUGUUUAGCGAGCCUCUACAAGUUUGUGAUUGGUGGUUCAAUGUGGUAUGUUGAUAAGGAACUGGAAGUGUAAAUA